UGUGUUUGGUAUGACAUUUGUGGGAAGGAUCCAAUUACAGACAAAGACCAGAAUUGUCCUUAUUAUGGUCCAGCUAAAACUCUUAAUGAUACAGAUGGUCUGAGAAUAUUAGAGAAAUACUGUCCAUCUCUUUAUACAGGUGAAGAAACAAAGACAUGUUGUUCCACUGGACAGCUCAAGGAUUUAGAAACCAAUAUGGCCGUUCCUUUCCAAGUUUUUAGCAGAUGUCCUUCUUGUUUCCAGAAUUUUGUCAACUUGUACUGUUAUUUUACCUGUGAUCCACAUCACAGUGAAUUCGUCCAUGUGAACACCACUAGAGUAGAUGUUAAAACCAAUAAAACUUUAAUAACAGUGGUAGAUUAUACAGUAUCUAAUCAAUUCGCUUAUGGAAUGUACAACUCUUGUCGUGAUGUAGAAAUACCUGCUGCUAAUGAAAAAGCUUUAGAUAUAUUAUGUGGCAAACCAGCGAAAGAUUGUAACACGACCAACUGGUUAGAUUAUAUGGGGGACACCAUCAAUGGUCAGACUCCCUUUAAGAUUAAUUUUUACGUGGGUAAUGAUUCUGUCAGAUUUCCAGACAACAUCACCAUAUAUCCAUUAUUUAGAAAUAUAACACCUUGUAGUCAACCAUUAACCAAUACAUCAUCACCUUGUAGUUGUCAGGAUUGUAGAACAGCGUGUUCUCCUGUAAAACCACCGCCCUCACCUCCUAGUCCGUGGGAGAUAUUACAUAUUGACGGCUAUGAUUUCAUCAUGGGAGUUAUCUUCCUUACUUUCCUGCUCUUUUUUGGUUCCUACGCUAUUUGUUAUAACAUCAUGGUUCAGGACUCUUUAGGUGAGACUCAAUUUGUAGAUCAAGAUAAGUCUAGUAGAUAUGACAACAUCAAAGAGGAAGAUCUGGGAUGCAUGGAGAAAAUAGGUGCCAAAAUGGAACAGGUCUUGGAGAAGUCUUUUACAAGAUGGGGUGUAUUUUGUGCUAGAAGACCAAUAUUAGUAAUAGGACUAGCUAUAUUGAUAUCUCUCUUACUAUCAGUGGGCAUCACCCUGUUUGACGUCACCACCGACCCUGUUGAACUCUGGUCGUCACCCAGCAGUCGUGCCCGGCAAGAAAAAGAUUAUUUUGAUUCUCAUUUUGUGCCAUUUUAUCGUACAGAACAGUUGAUUAUCACAAAAACUGGUAAUGAUACCUCAUUUAUACACACAAACCCUCCACCUUAUGGUCAAGAUGUUGUCUUUAAUGGUAUCUUUGAAUUAGAAUUCAUGCAUCAGUUAUUACGUCUACAAGAAGAUAUAAGUAAUCUAACAGCAGUACAUAACAACGAAACUGUCACAUUAAAAGAUAUCUGUUUCCAACCCUUGGCGCCAGAUUACAAUGAUUGUACUAUCAUGAGUUCCUUACAGUAUUAUCAAAACAGUUUGAAGAAAUUAGAUGCAGUGAUCUGGGAUGAGGAUCAUUUCUAUAUUUUAGCAGAUUAUUUAGAUCACUUACAGUUCUGUGUUAGGGCUCCAGCCUCUGUCAAUGAUACUACAGCGUUCCAUUCAUCUUGUCUGGGACAAUUUGGAGGUCCCGUCUUUCCUUGGAUUACGUUCGGUGGAUUUGAAGGAGAUGAUUAUAAAACAUCAAAAGCCCACGUCAUGACCUUCAUUGUCAACAAUCACCUUGACGACAAUAAAAACGUCAAGGCCCAGGCCUGGGAAUCAGAGUUCAUUAAGUUUAUGAAGAGUUAUGAUAAUCCUAACAUGAGCAUAGCUUUUAGCUCUGAGAGAUCUAUCCAGGAUGAAUUAAAUAGAGAGAGCUAUUCUGAUGUAUUAACUAUUGUUGUUAGCUAUCUGAUAAUGUUUGGGUAUAUUACCUUUGCUCUUGGUAAACUAACUAGCUGUUGUUGGAUGUGCUAUGAACAGCCUCCCUCUAUAACAAUGGGUCUAGUUGGAGUAUUAAUAGUUUUACUGUCAGUAUCAAGUUCUCUGGGAUUCUUCAGCUUUGUAGGAGAACCUGCUACUCUUAUUAUCAUUGAGGUGGUACCAUUCCUCGUCCUGGCAGUCGGUGUGGAUAAUAUUUUCAUCCUUGUUCAGACAUUCCAGAGAGACAAGCGACGUGCUGGAGAGACGAUAGAAGAACAAGUUGGUAGAACAAUAGGUAAAGUGGGUCCCAGUAUGUUAUUGACAUCUUUAUCUGAAUCAUUGGCCUUCUUCCUUGGUGCUCUAACUGAUAUGCCUGCUGUAAAGAUAUUCUCUCUAUAUGCUGCUAUGGCGGUGUUGUUUAAUUUCCUUCUACAGAUUACUUGUCUUAUCAGUGUCCUAGCUCUAGACGCUCAUCGGGAAGAGGAAGAUAGGUUUGACUGUUAUUGUUGUAGUAAGACUAGCUACACUGAUAAACUACAGGCUGAUGGUAUACUAUUUACAUUCAUGAAGAACUAUUACUCUCAUUUUCUAAUGAAAGAAUGGGUUCGACCAAUAGUGAUGGUGGUAUUUGUGGGGUAUUUUUGUACCAGUGUUGCUAUGAUACCUAGAUUAGAAGUAGGAUUGGAUCAGAAACUGUCUAUGCCAGAGGAUUCCUAUGUUUUGGAUUAUUUUGAAAGUUUGAAUAAAUAUUUGUCUGUGGGAGCUCCAGUGUAUUUUGUGGUAAAAGACGGACAUAAUUAUGAAUCCAAGAUGGGACAGGAUGCGGUGUGUAGUGGAAACGGGUGUCCAGAAAACUCUCUUAAUGGUCAAAUAUACCAAGCCACCAAGUGGGCUAACAUAACUAAAAUAUCCCACUCCUCCAAUGAUUGGUUAGACGAUUAUUUUAAUUGGUUGAAACCUGGAGGGCGGCCAUCUUGUUGUCGCUAUGACAAUACAACCGGUGAUUUCUGUGAAGCUAUAGACACGAAUCCUAACUGUAUUGAGUGUAAUGUUUCUAAGUUUAAAGACAAUCGACCACAAAAACAAGAUUUUAUGAAGUUUCUACCUUGGUUUUUGAAAGAUAAUCCAGAAAUCAAAUGUGCUAAAGGUGGUCAUGCUGCUUAUGGAAAUGCUGUGGAGAUUAAAAAUGAUACCAACACUAUAGGAGCCACGUAUUUUAUGACGUACCAUUCUAUAUGUAAGACAUCUAAAGAUUAUAUAGAUGCUUUAAAAUAUGCCAGAAAGAUAGCAGAAAAUAUCACCAACUCUUUUCAAAACUCUUCUGAACACUUCCAGGUUUUCCCAUAUAGUGUGUUCUAUGUGUUUUAUGAACAAUACCUAACUAUAGUUUAUGAUACUAUAUUCAACCUAUCAAUAUGUAUAGCAUCUAUAUUUCUGGUGACGUUUAUUUUACUGGGAUUUGAUUUCUAUUCGGCUGUUAUGGUUGUCAUCACUAUAUGUUUUAUAUUAGCUGAUUUAUUAGGCUUGAUGUAUAUGUGGGACAUCUCUCUUAAUGCUGUCGCUCUGGUUAACUUAGUUAUGGCUGUAGGAAUAUCGGUGGAGUUCUGUUCACAUAUAACACGAGCGUUCACAGUCAGCACCAUGACAACUCGUAAACUACGUGCUAAAGACUCUCUGGCUCAUAUGGGCAGCUCAGUAUUAUCUGGAAUUACUUUAACCAAAUUGGUAGGAAUAAUCGUGCUGGCCUUUUCCAAAUCCCAGUUGUUCCAAGUAUUUUAUUUCCGAAUGUAUUUAGGUAUUGUGAUCUUCGGAGCUGCUCAUGGUCUAAUGUUUUUACCCGUAUUACUCAGCUACGUGGGUCCACCAGUCAAUAAAGCUAAGAUAUUGAAGAAGAGAGAGAAUGAUAGCACUAUUAAUAAUCAACAUACAACUAACUCUACCACUAACAGUCAAACUAAUUUAGUUACAGAACACACUAACUUCCCUGAUUAUAACUGUAGAUUAUAGAUACACUCACUGACUGACUGACUGACCAAAUGAAUGAAUGAAUGAAUGAAUGAAUGACCAGAUGGAUGAAUGAAUGAAUAGAAUUAUGAAAAUAUUUAGUGUUUAUCCAUAUUUCGAAUGAAUGAAUGAAUGAAUGAAUGAAGAUGAAAAUAUUUAGUAAAUAAAGAAAUGAAUGAAUGAAUCUGGCGUUAGAUUGAUACAGAAUAGUUAAAAAACAAAAAAGGGUACAGUACAGUAGAGGCAAACGUUUAAUAUUCAAUUAUGUUAGUCAGGGAUCAUGGGCAUGCCUCAAUGUAAAUAUCGAACUCAUGAAUAUGCAAAUAGGGGGGUAUCUUUAGGUCAAUGUCUGUUGAAAUGAAUAUUCAAUAAAGGGGCAUAUACAUAUAUUCAUAUUUCAAUAUAUAUAUAUAUAUAUAUAUAUAUAUAUGAUUAAUGAUCAUGAAUAUGCAAAAAGGGGCGUAUCUUGAAACACCCUGAGAUUUUAUUGGUAGGGAAAAUAAGCCAUUUGUUUUGUUAAUAGUUUGUUAUUGUAUAUAUUUUUCUACUGUUAUGCUACUAUUUGUUGGUAAACGGAAUCUUACUGCUUAUAUUUUAAUGAACUGUCAUAUUGGCUUCAAAAAUACUGAUAGUCUUAGAAUUUCAUUGCUUCCAUAAACAUGUUAUAUAAAACACUUCCCUCCGAGAAAUUUCAACACGAACUUUCAGUCAAAAGUCAAAAUAUAAGACUAACAGUAUUAUUUUGAAGCCGAUAUACUAAUUCAGAUGAAAAUAAUCAGUAAAAUACUGAUGAUGUGGGAAGACAGUAUGUAUAUUUGUUUGUUAUUGAAAUCCUCGCUAUUGGCAGUGCUUUAAAUACCUUUUACCUAUUUGAUGUAAUGUACAUGUUAUCUAUCAUUAUUAAUAUAUAAAACCUACUGCUCAGUUUCUAAUAAACCUCUCGAUAUU